AUGUUUUAUAAAUCAAAUAUUUUAAAAAGAGUUAUUAUUAAAAACAGAUUUUUUCCUGUUCACAAUUCAAUACCGAAGCAGGAUUUUUACCGUUCUUACCGAAUCCUUAGCAGUCAGGAUGAACAGUACUCGUUGGCUCACACCACUAAACAAUCACCUUAUUUAGAAUCAGUCCAUGAGAAAACCAUAUCUAUAUUCUCAAAGUCUCAUCAAAUGGUGUCUUCGGUACAAGGAGCUUUUUUGAAGUUCCUUAUACAGACUAGUAAAGCUACAAAAGUGCUGGAGAUUGGAACUUUCACUGGCUAUUCUGCAUUGUGCAUGGCCGAAGGUCUAAAAGGGCGAGGAUCAGAAGCAAAAGUGGUCACAUUAGAAAAGAACAUAGAUCAUUUUAAAGCAGCAAAAGAGAACAUAGAAUCUUCAGAACUUGGACACCUGAUUGAGCUGAAACUUGGCGAUGCAAUUGAUAC